AUGUAUGCUUGUAUUUUCUUCAUCGAAGACGCAAGUCUCAGUGUUGUUGGAAAAAACAACAAAAGCUUAAAAGUAUUAAAUGGUGAGUGGGAACCAAAAGGAAAAGUGGAGAUGCUCUGGCCUGGAAAAAAUGCUGGACAGAAGUCUUUGUUCCACGGCACCAUCAUCAAAGUCGGCGAUGAAGAGACUUUGAAUAAAUUUGCAACCCAGGCCUACUCCAAAAUUUUAAAGAGAGCAAAGAACAUCACCGAAGUACCAGAGGAACUCUUUUCCUUUGAAGUGAAUGAAACCGAGGAGCAGAAUGAGAAGCGAAGCAGAAGCAAGACACAAAGAUUGCGUGAAUCAGAGGAGCAAGAUGACACUAUGAGUCCAAAAAAGAAAAAAAAGAAAGUAAAUGUGCAGAGUAAGAAUGUUACUGAAGAUGCCGGAAGUCCCAAGAAGAAAAAUAAAAAGACCGAAAACACUGAGCCAAAGACCAAAAACCCAAAACUCAAGCAUCCAGACACUCUACCCCAGUCACUAAAAACCCUGCAAAGACAAAAAGGAAUGCAUCUUUUAAAUCAGUUUGAAAAUGUUUCAGCAGACCAGACCAGGAUGGUUUCAGAGACAGACGCAGUGUCCUCAGAAACCAUUUCAAUAUCGCAAACAUGGCAAAUAUGCAAUGAUGCCAUGGAUGCUGUUGGACCAUCAACACAGCAUACACCACUGAAAGUGCCAUUUUCACCCGAAAGAUAUUGUGAAAUACCAGUUCCAUCCUUGGAGGUCAUCCAGGCCAUAGAAAAUUUCUUGAGACCAGACGUGCAGUCUUACUUAAAGAAGAUUGUAACCUAUGCACGGCAACAAAAACCACAGAACACCUUUGCUGAUUUGGACACUGUUGUGCAAGCAGAUUGGAUGACAGACAAUCGGACAAAAGGGCAACCAACUGUAAACUUUACAGCACCAUACCGGGAAACUCUUGACAGUCAAACAAAACAGCCAUCAACUGUAGAUGUAGACUUCACAGCCCCAUACCGGGAAAAUCUAGACAGUCAGACAAAGCAGUCAUCAACUGUAGAUGUAGACUUCACAGCCCCAUACCGGGAAAAUCUAGACAGUCAGAAAAAGCAGUCAUCAACUGUAGAUGUAGACUUCACAGCCCCAUACCGGGAAAAUCUAGACAGUCAGACAAAGCAGUCAUCAAUUGUAGAUGUAGACUUCACAGCCCCAUACAGGGAAAAUCUAGACAGUCAGACAAAGCAGUCAUCAACUGUAGAUGUAGACUUCACAGCCCCAUACAGGGAAACUUUUGAUAUGCCCUUGUCCAAUGUACAUGUGAAUGCACCCUACCAGCGCACUAACCAGUUCCUUGACUUGCCACAUUCAACUACACACCGACCAAGAGAACCGACACCACAUCACAUUUACCAAAACAUCUAUCAUACAGAAACAGUCUUUGGAAAUACACUUACACCUGCAUCUCCAUCUCCACCUCCACAGCAAACCAGUGUACCACCAAUAUCAGAAUCAACACCAACCAAUACACCACCACCAUUGCGGAGAUCGCCACGUAAACAGAAAAAGAAUGAAGGAAUACAAAAGGUACAUGUUUUUAAUAUAUUGUUCUCUUGUUUAAAUUCACAGUGCAAGCUGCUUGAUGGAUGUGACCUGGAAAUAGAUUCAGAUUCACUGAGAAUUGCCACUUCAGCAGCAAGAACUGCCAAAAAACCUGGAUUCACACUUUGCUACAAGUUGCUUCCAGAGAUUUUUUCUCUUGAAGUUCUUGCUAACUCCAGAGGACAAGGCCUAAGCAAAACAAAAGAAGGUGACUUCCGUAAGCCUCUGGACAAGGAACUUGUCAGCAGUUUAAAGAAUUACGUAACAGUGUGGUGCAGGAAAAAUGGAAUGGCACAACCAACUGAAAGUCUUUUAAAUGAUGCGAUAACGGAGCGUAUUAGCUACGCAAGAAAGCAACUUAAGCCUAAAGUAAAGAAGAACGCACCAUCAAAGUAGGCUUCAACAUUGUGACA